AUGGCUCGCCCGCCGCCUCCACCCAAGAGUCUGCUUGGCAGACACCGCCUCCUGGCGCCAACCGCGUCCGUCCGUGUCAGCCCGCUGUGCUUGGGCGGCAUGAGCUUGGGCAACAACUGGACUCCCCAGUUUGGCGAGUGCACCAAGGAGAAUGCAUUUGAGCUCCUGGACACGUUUUACGACCUCGGCGGCAACUUCAUCGAUACGUCCAAUGUCUAUCAAGGCGGUCAGAGCGAGGAGUGGAUCGGCGAAUGGUUGCAGAAGACUGGACGCCGGGAUGAGAUGGUCAUUUCGACCAAGUACACCCUUGGCUAUAUGGCCGGCCGACCCGUGCAACAGAGCAACUUUGGUGGGACCGGUACGAAGAGCAUGCAUGUGGCCAUUGAGGCUAGCCUGAAGAGACUCCGGACGGACUACAUCGAUCUGUUCUACGUUCACAGCUGGGACUACGCCACCGAGAUCCCCGAGUUGAUGCAGUCCCUCAACACGCUGGUCCAGCAGCGCAAAGUCCUGUAUCUUGGGAUCAGUGAUGCUCCUGCAUGGGUGGUUGUGAAGGCCAACUGCUAUGCUCGACAGCACGGCCUGCGUCCGUUCUCCGUAUACCAGGGUCGUCUUUCUGCGCAUGUGCGUGACAUGGAGCGUGACAUCAUCCCAAUGUGCCAGGACGAAGGCAUGGCGAUCCAAGCUUGGGGUGUCUUGGGCAAUGGUACAGGUUAUUUCCGGUCGCCUGAAUCCGGACCAAAGGAAGAAGGGCGUAAUACUCCCUUCAUUACGACUGGCCGCGAGGCCCAAGUGUCUCAAGCAUUAGAUCGUGUGGCGAAGCGUCUCAAUGUCCCCAUUACUUCUGUUGCCAUUGCGUAUGUGAUGCAGAAGGCGCCCUACGUGUAUCCGAUUCUCGGUGGCCGCAAAGUCGCCCAUCUCAAAGCCAAUAUCGAAGCUCUUAGCUUGCAGCUCAGUCCGCAGGAUGUCGCCGAGAUCGAGAAAGGCUACGACUUCGAUCCAGGCUUCCCUCACAAUUUCAUCAACAUGGCAGGCAAAGCUCCCCGAGGACCGGAAGACGUCGCCAUCCUCGCUUCGCUAGGCUAUUUUGACUAUGUUCAAGGUCCGCAGCCCGUUAAGCCGCACCAGGGAGAGCUUAAUGCACCCUGGAAACCUUAA